CUUAAGUAAAGUAUCAUUCAGAAAACAAAAGGAGGAUUUUAUAUAGGAGAGUAUAAAUUUAUGGAAGUGGCGCGUGAGUUUCAAGCGCGUGAGCUGACUCGCUAUUCUCGCCAGUAUUGCUUCCCUAGGGUUUUCGUCAUUUCAAAAUCGAGACACUGAUCUUCAUGUAGAUUCGACCCCCCUCUUUCGAUCCUCAAUUCGAAACCCUAGAAAAUGUCUUCAAUCGGUGGAGCUUCGAAGACGGCGACGACGAAGCAGCAGCACAGGCGGGCCAAGCCAAUGCCCGUUCCUCAACACGCGCGAUCCCCUGCCCUCCUCUCUCCGUCCACCAACCCGUUCGCGUCGUCGGAGGCGCCGGAGGCCGACGAAGAACGACGUCCUCCUCCUCCCAUGCUGAAGGUCGCCUUGAGCUCGAUUUCGAAGCUCGAAGUCAGGAGCUUGAAGCGGAGACUAACCGCCGAGCUCGACGAAGUUCGAAGCUUGAUCGCGCGGUUCGAUCAUCCCCAAGGCGGGAACUUUACGACGGGUAAAGGGCGAAACAAGAAGCUGAAAACAGGCAACGGAGUUAAGAGAGGUGGAGGUGAUAAAGGUACGGUUCAGAUUUUCAAGAAGUGUAGCAAUCUGCUUGCGAAGUUGAUGAAGCACAAGGAUGGGUGGGUGUUCAAUGUCCCCGUUGAUGCUAAAGGUUUCGGCUUGCACGAUUACCACACCAUUGUUAAGGAGCCUAUGGAUUUGGGUACGGUGAAGGCUAAGCUAGGGGAAGGUUUGUAUGAUUCGCCGUUGGAUUUCGCUGAUGAUGUUAGGCUUACUUUUAACAAUGCGGUUUUGUAUAACCCCGUUGGGCAUGAGGUGCAUAGCAUGGCUAAGUUUCUGUUGAGCUUGUUUGAGGAGAAAUGGGUUCCUAUCGAACUGCAGUAUCAUAAUCUUGGCAGGAGGGAGAUCAAACAUGUUGCGUUACCUCGUCCUCCUGCUCCUGUUGUAGAGCCAUUACCAGCUCCUACACCUUCCCCGUCUCCUCCUCCUCCUCCUCCUUCUCUUCCGCCUGCGGUGCUUGAAGAUAUGACUUUGGAGAUAGUGGAGUCUGUGACGACACCGUUGGAACCUGAAACUGUCGUUACUACUGCCGUUGAGAAGCCUGAAGGAGAUGAGGAGGAGGCGCCUGUUGAUGUUAGGGACCUGACGAUGGAUGAGAAACGGAGACUCAGCGAAGAGCUUCAGGACUUGCCUUAUGACAAACUGGAAACGGUUGUUCAGAUUGUAAAGAAGAGCAAUCCGGAUCUCUCUCAGCAGGAUGAUGAGAUUGAGCUGGAUAUUGAUAGUCUUGAAAUCCAAACGCUUUGGGAGCUUUAUAGUUUUGUGACUGGGUAUAAGGAGAGCUUGAGCAAUAAUAAAAAGGAGGAUCAGGGGUUUGGUUCGGAAAGAGAUGCUGAAUCUGCUCACAACAUUAUCCAAGAACCGACCGCUCUAGCAACUGGCACAGAAACAUCGAGAGUUACUGAAUCAGGGAAAGCUAUUCGCAUCUCUUCUCCUACUCGGCAAGAAAACAAGGCAGGUGGAUCAAGUAGUUCUAACAGUUCCAGCAGUGACUCGGGAUCUAGCUCUAGUGAUUCUGACAGUGACAGCUCCUCUGGACGUGGAUCAGAUACUGGUAAUUAGAGCUGACAAGUCAAGAUAGUGUUUAGCUUUAGAGUCAGAGCCGUCAUGUUGUGCUCUCUUUUAAUAUGACUGUUAGGUUAUUUCUAAGUCGGAUGACUUUCUCUCCCCAAUUGGAUUGUUUUCUGUAUUAGGAUGUUUUACUGUACAGAAGAAUGAACUGUGUAGAUGUCUUCCUCUAAUCAACUGCUAGAACAAAUCUAUUGUUUAGAGCAGUAAAGGAAACUACAAUGGGGCAAUGAGAAGAAUUUGUUUUU